CGACACUUAUUUCUGCCAGAUUCUUUCGUUUUAUGCAAAAACGCGUCGAAUGAGCCUAAUUUCGUCGAAAUCGGAGAUGGUGGGGGUAUUCUUAAUAAUUACCGGAUGUAACAAUUUUCUAACCUAAAAAUUCACACAGUGGCACUGGUCACUCGAAUCUUAAACGUGGUGUGAUUGUUUGGAAUUUAGUUCAGGAAAGGGAGAUGAGCGAUGCCGAGCUCCAGGAGGAGGAAAGAGAAGUGUUACUCUCGAUAUACGAAGGUGAUCCGGCUUUUAAACAGCUGACACCCACAGUAUUUCAAUACAAGUAUGGAGAAGAUAACGAUAUGAAGUCAUUUCUAUUGGAAAUUUCAUGGGGCACAACAUAUCCUACAGAAAAACCAACUAUAAAUAUGAAUACAUUUUACAAUAAACAUAUACAAAUAAUUGGAAUAUACAGUUUGCAAGAGGUCAAGGAUAAGGUGGUGAAUCAUGUAGAGGCAGAGGCUGAGCAGUGGUUAGGUAGUGCUAUGACAUAUACAUUAUUUCAAUCUGUCCAAGAACAUUAUGUCGACUUAGUAUGCACACAACCAGACUCAAUUGCCGAUAUAAAUUCACAUACUAGUAAGCUAAAACUUACAGAAGAAAACCAACAGGUUGAGGAAACGAUAAAGAAACCGAAGAAGGAACAUUUAAGUAAAGCCCAGAAGCGUAGACAAUGGAACAAGGCAGAUGGCAAAGGUGAAAGACAGCGAGGAUGGAAUUGGAUGGAUAUAGUAAAACAUUUAUCACAGACUGGACCUAGAACGGAGGAAGAAUCAUAAUCCAAGACCAUAAUAUUUUGUACAGUAU